GCGGCGGGGCGCGGGGAGCUGCCGGCGGCAUGGAGGGGCUGUACCAGCACACCAACAAGCAAGUCCAUGAGGUCCAGUCUUACAUGGGGCGCCUGGAGACUUCAGACAAAGAGUCAGUGCACUUGGUAGAAAAUGAAAUUCAGGCCAGAAUAGACAAUAUCUUCAGCAACCUGGAACGUCUGGAAAUCCUGUCCAGCAAAGAACCUCCCAAUAAGCGACAGAAUGCUAAACUCCGAGUUGACCAGCUCAAGUAUGAUGUUCAGCACCUGCAGACAGCUCUGAGGAACUUCCAGCACCGCCGUUACAUCCGGGAGCAGCAGGAGCGACAGCGAGAGGAGUUGCUUGCACGCACAUUCACUACUAAUGACUCUGACACCACCAUACCGAUCGACGAAACAUUACAGUUUAAUGAAUCCCUCCAGAAUGCCCAUCGUGGCAUGGAUGAUCUUAUUGGCAGUGGGACCAACAUCCUUCAGGGCCUGAGGGACCAGAGAGUGACAUUAAAGGGUACUCAUAAGAAGAUCCUGGACGUGGCCAACAUGUUGGGCUUAUCCAACACAGUGAUGCGGCUGAUCGAGAAGCGAGCCUUUCAAGAUAAAUACUUCAUGAUUGGGGGAAUGAUUCUGACUUGUGUCAUUAUGUUUCUCGUCGUGCAGUAUCUGACAUGAGCUACUGAACUGUAUUAUCAGAGGUGAUGGUCUUUUGGAGCAAGAUGGACUGUCCUCCAAAGGGUACUGCUUUGGAUAAGCCCCUCCUGUGAACUCCAGUGUUCACAAAUCACACUCAUGCGGGAAGCACACAGGGAAACAAAUUUCUGUGGGGACACUGUAGUUGAGAAUGGCCCUAUAAAAAAUAACCCCAUCCUCUCCUGCUCUCACCUCAUUGUCUGCAAGUUUAAGGAUCUGUUAAGUAGGAAGCAGCAGUGAAAACUUUACCCAGCUGUAUUGCAAGGUAGGAGUGUCCUUUUGGAUAGGGAUAGGUAGGGAUAAGAGGAUUCAAAGGCAGAGCAUAAGAUGUAAUGAGCCUUUCCUGUGCUAGCUAGAAGGGACCCUGAUCACUGUAUUUUGCCAUGAAAGAAUGCCUCUGAGGAGAAUUUGCACCAAUUAUAGCACACUGCUGGGGAGCCAGUGUGUGGAAAGAUGGGAAGUAAAGGAUUCCCAUCUGCAAACUCACUGUUUUGCUUGGAGGGAGAUGGAUUGGUGGGGAAAGGUUUAAAGCACAGUUAUGACCUCAGCUAACUUUUUUGUUUACACAUACAGUAUUAACGAGCACAAGUAUUGCUGUUUUAGGCUGAAAUGCUUCUCCUCUGAGGUAUGUUUUGGUACCUCUUUAUGCCCUGCAGCUUCCCAGUGGAAGCUGAAUACUGUACUGCCUGCUUUCAGUUAGAUGCACAUCCAGCCUGUGUCAUCCCACUGUGCCUAGUACCAAAUAUAACCUCUAAGACAUUUUUAAUGCUAGUGCACAUCACAUUUUGGUGAGUUGCUUUCACUUUCUGAGGUGGUUGGUUGGGGUUUUGUGCUCUGUGGCUGGUACUUUUUGAGUCUAUGAAGCAGGCAAGUCCUCACUGUGCUCAAAUUGAGGUUUCUGAUUUUUAUGUUCAUAGAGCUGGAAUGGGCUCUCUGUGCUGUUCAGAAUAACAGUGGGAUCAGGGCAACAGACCAUUCACUUAAAAUGAGCUGUGUCAAAAGAGUUUCCUGAAGUACGUGCCUUGGGAUGCUAAAAACAUCCCUCACGCUUGGGAAGGGUGUUCUCUGUGUUAACCUUUGUACCUGCAGAAUUACUGUGAAAGAUUCCCAUACACAUCAUCUCACAGAGGUGAGGACAGCCAGCUUAGGUGUAUCUAUCUCCUCACAGUUAUGAAAUGCCUCAUUGUUUAAAUAUGGCACUUUCCCUGCAGACUGGGGGGCUUCCAUUGGAAUGGCCUUCCUGAGAUUUUGGGCAUCAUCCAUUUCAAUGAGCCUUCAGAUACAUUCCCAUCCCAAUGUGUGUACAAAUCUGGAGCAUUUCCAGACGUCCAACACAGAAAGGUCAUAUUCAGAUGAUGUGGCACAAUGAUGGCAAUUCCUUGGGGUUUUUUCUGCCUGGAAUGGUUUUGAGUCUCUUACUUAGUAACAGAUUACGAGUUCUGUCAUUCUGUCUUUGAUGUAAUGAGCUUUGCUUUUAUUACGCAGUCUGGAGAAAUGGUAUUAAUAACUGUACAAAGUGAAUUUGGGUUAAUAUGGGCAAGUGAAGCAGCGUUUAGCUGUUGUUUAUGCAGCUUUUUUACAGGUGUGUAACUGAAGUACUUCCUGACCUAAGUGCUGUGAUACAGCUUUAUGCCCAGAUGAGAGAACCCAGCUUGAUCUGCUGUUAUAGGCCAGUCAGGUUCAUACUUGGAACACAGGGCAGGAGAAGAGCCAGGGCUCAGAGCACUGGCUGGCUCCUGCAGAUGCAGAAAUGAAGGCCAGGCUGCUGUCAGUGCCUAGAUAAUGCUCUCAAGUGGUUCAGCAGAAGAAAGCCUCGAUGCUUGUUACAUACCCAGCGUGCAGCACACCUUCUGGUUGUCCAUUUUCUGCUUCUCAGUGUGCUCCGU